AUGUUUUUUCCUUUGUUCUGGGUUAAGAGUCAAUCUCCAAAAAAGUUGUGUCUACGGAUCCGUGAAGAGGUUGAGGUUCUUCAUAUGGAUAGUUUGAUCCAUUGCAAAGCCGGUAAAUUUGCGUUUGCGUUUCUUGGGCUCCCAGUUGGUGCCAAUAUGAAAAGAGCUAAAUUUUGGAAACCUAUUGUUGACAAGUUUAAUUCAAAGUUAUCCGGAUGGAAGGCUAAAAAUCUCUCAUUGGCAGGAAGGAUAACUCUUGCUAAAGCGGUGCUUGGAGCUUUGUCUAAUUAUUAUCUCUCCCUUUUCAAAGCCUCACCCUUCUCAGUGGCUUUGGACAGGGACCCGUUGAGUGGGCCCGAAGCCCAACAAUUGGAUGACCUGAAUAACACGAUGACAUGCUGCAAUUUAUCCAAUAAGGAAGACAUUUGGUCUUGGGCUGGUAACAGGACUGAAGAGCUGAAUGUGGCAGCUUUACGGGCAACGAUUUUAGACUCAUCGAACCAACAUAGCUCUCUUUGGCUGCUGUGGAAUAAAUGGGUGACUCCGAAGAUAAAUAUCUUUUGUUGGAGGGCAUGUUUGCAGCGAAUUCCAUCUAAGAUGGGGCUGAAUUAUAGAGGGAUUGGGGUGGAUAAUCUAAUGUGUUCGAGAUGCGGCUUAAUGGAAGAAUCGGUCAUGCACAUUCUUUGGGACUGUUUCUUUGCUAAAAGUGUGUGGCGGACCAUUUUCACUUGGGUAAAGAUUACUUUUCCAAAUAAAGUGUCUUCGGUUCGAAAGUUAUUAGCUAAGGCUGAGGAAAUGUUGUGGAAGAAAACUAUAGGAGCUAUUUUACAAGUAGCGGCUUGUGAGAUUUGGAAGGCAAGGAAUGAGAAAACCUUCAACGAACGGCAAAUUCACUACGAGAGAACGAUGGACAUUAUAAAAGAAAACUCUUUUCUUUUUAUAUGUAACAGGUCAAAAUUUUGUAAUCUUGAUUGGGCUAGAUGGGUAGACUUUAACGUUCGAGAUGUAAUCGUGUAA